GGCGAUGGAGUUGGAGCAGGCAGCCCUGCCGCCGCCGUGCGAUGUGGGAGGGGUUGUAGGCUCUCAGCCUGGUCCUCCAGCAGCCAUUUUGUGUGAGAGAGUGACAGCGGGCUGGGCCCUCUCCCUCUCCUGGUCGCUCCGGCAACGGUGCCCGCCUGGCUCACUCUGGCCAGACUCUCUUGCUUGGCUAGACCCUGAGGGAGGCUAGCUCCUCUCAAACGGCAGGUGAAGCGGGGAGAGAAGCUGUGACUGUACUGUAGUUACAGGUGUCUCCAUAAAGUGAUUAUGCGUACAGGAAGUGGAAUAUAGCAUUUGUAUCUGGGAAACACUAGUGACCCAAGAUCAUGGCAACUAUCGAGGAAUUGGCCCAUCAAAUUAUUGAACAGCAAAUGGGGGAGAUAGCACAUUCCCAAGGAUAUGUCACACAAACGCUAAUGGAUGGGACAGCGCAAAGAAUUCAGAUUGUCCCUUCUGAUACAGGACUGUCCUUACCACAGCGCAUACAGAUUGUGACAGAUCAGCAGACGGGGCAGAAGAUUCAGAUUGUUACAGCACUUGAUCAAACUGCAACAGGCAAGCAGUUCAUAUUAACAAAUCAUGAUGGUUCUACCCCAAGCAAAGUGAUCCUUGCAAGACAAGAUGCCACUCCAGGAAAGGUUUUCUUAACAACUCCAGAUGCUGCAGGGGUCAACCAAUUGUUUUUUGCAUCCCCAGAUAUAUCUGCACAACGUAUUCAGAUUCUAACAGACAGUUCUUCCACAGAACAGACCCUAAAUAAAGUAUUUGAUCUGUGUGUUGUUUGUGGUGACAAGGCAUCAGGACGCCAUUAUGGAGCAGUGACAUGUGAAGGAUGCAAAGGAUUCUUUAAAAGAAGCAUACGAAAGAAUUUAGUGUAUUCAUGCCGAGGGGCAAGAGACUGCGUGAUUAACAAACAUCACAGGAACAGAUGCCAGUACUGUAGGCUGCAGAGAUGUAUUGCGUUUGGAAUGAAACAAGAUUCUCCACACCCUUUUGUAGCUGUUCAGUGUGAGAGGAAACCUGUUGAAGUAUCAAGAGAAAAGUCUUCAAAUUGUGCAGCUUCUACCGAAAAGAUCUAUAUCCGAAAAGAUUUGCGAAGCCCUCUUACAGCCACUCCAACCUUUGUAACAGACAGUGAAACAGCAAGAUCAACAGGAAUGUUGGAGUCUGGAAUGUUUGUGAACAUUCAUCAGUCUGGUAUAAAGAAUGAGCCUGCAGUGUUGAUGACUCAGGAUAAGGUUGAAACGUGUCAAGGAGAUUUGAGUACUUUAGCAAAUGUGGUCACAUCAUUAGCAAGUCUAAGCAAGUCCAAAGACAUGCCCCAAAGUAGUCCUGAGUUGUCUAUGAUAGAAAGCUUAAGCAAUGGAGAAGCAUCACUAUCUGAACUACAGCAAGAUGAGCAUGCAAGUACCGAUGUGACAAGGGCAUUUGAUACUCUUGCAAAAGCACUAAACCCAGGAGAGAGCACAUCGUGUCAGAGUUCUGCAGAAAGUAUGGAAGCCAGCGCACGUUUGGUUGGUGAAGAAGCCAGCAUGAAUAUUGUUGAAAUAGAAGGCCCACUUCUCAGUGAGGUUCAUGUAGCUUUCAGGCUUACCAUGCCUUCCCCUAUGCCUGAAUACCUGAAUGUUCAUUAUAUUUGUGAAUCAGCCUCCAGAUUGCUCUUCUUAUCUAUGCACUGGGCGCGUUCUAUUCCUUCCUUUCAAGCUCUAGGGCAGGAUAACAGCAUAGCAUUAGUGAAAGCCUGCUGGAAUGAACUUUUUACACUUGGUCUUGCACAAUGUUCACAAGUAAUGAAUGUAGCAACUAUAUUGACUGCAUUUGUUAAUCACCUUCAUAAUAGUUUACAACAAGAUAAGCUGUCAGCAGACAGAGGAAAGCUAGUGAUGGAGCAUAUCUUCAAACUGCAGGAGUUCUGUAACAGUAUGGUGAAGCUUUGCCUUGAUGGUUAUGAAUAUGCUUAUUUGAAAGCGAUCGUCCUCUUCAGUCCUGAUCAUCCUGGCUUAGAAAAUGUUGUACAAAUUGAAAAAUUUCAAGAAAAAGCAUACAUGGAAUUCCAGGAUUAUGUAACAAAAGUAUAUCCAGAUGAUACUUAUAGGCUGUCUAGGCUGCUUCUCAGAUUGCCUGCUCUGAGACUGAUGAGUGCUGCUAUCACAGAAGAGCUGUUCUUUGCAGGACUAAUUGGAAACGUUCAGAUUGACAGCAUCAUACCGUAUAUUCUAAGAAUGGAGACUGCAGACUACAACUCUCAAAUAAUUGGACAUGGUGUAUAAAAGUUAAAUCACGGAUUCUAUACCAUGGCAAUCAUGGUGAUUGUAAAUGUACACUAUCUCCAAGAGAUAAAAAGAAGUUUUCUUGUGCAGUUAUAACAAGAAAAAUGAAAGAAGGCAUAGCUUCCUUGUUACCAACACAUUCUGGAAACACAAUAGACUAUCUUGAGUGGUACAGGAUGAUUUACCUUUUAUCUGGUUUUCAAGAACUUUGUACAUUACUUUAGAAUCUAAUGAAAAUCAAGAAGAGUAGUUCAUCCUAUUUUUAUAGUUUAGUUAUACCUGGAACAUGACAGUUAUGAAUUCUAAACAAAUGUAUAAAAACAAGCCUUUGAUAAUGGAGAAACUUCAUCAAGGCAUUUCAACUUGAUAUUUUAGAACCAAAAAAUAAAUUAACUUUCUUCCCAGUGUUGUAUUUUCAAUAUGUUAUUUCUACAAAUUCAUUCUUAUCAGUUUGAUGUAAGUCUGAAAUCCUGAACAAGCCAACUUGUUUCUGAUGUCACUGGGGAUUAUAUCCAAUGUUAGUCCUGCUCAGAGUAAAUCCACUGACGUUAAUGGACAUGACUAAUUUAGAUUCAUUCAUUUCAGUGAGUCUACUCUAAACAGGAUUUAAUAUUAUUAAUCCUGGGUUACAAAGUUUUGGAUAAAUUUCCAUUUGCUUUGGACAGAACUUAAUUUUUCUGAUAACAAACUGGCAUUAAAUUGAAGAGAAAUUACAGGAAAGCUGUAAAACUGGCUUGAUAAUCUGUUUGUGUCCCAAAACAGUGAUUUAAGUCAUGAAUAGUUGUCAUGUUCAGUUAUCUCAGCUGCUAAUAUGUUUUAGAGAAAAAAAUCUAGAUACCUUAAUUGCAUCAGAUAUACAUUGUGUGUUAUUUCCCAAUUCUUGCUAUAUUAUUUACAUAUGCAAAGCAGUUCACCAGUGCCAACUAUGGUAUUUUUAGUAAUAUUUGUGCCCAUAUAUCUAGCUAGGGAUUUAAUUGAUUAUAAGCUUGGAGGUGCUUCUUUCUACAUGAGUGUAAGAGCCAUCUCACUUGAAUUUACCACUCUUAUUGGAAUUGGAUUUCCUAUAGCAAUCCUGGCUUUUUCUCAAAAUAAGUCUCACAUGUUCAUAAUACAAUUCAGAUAAGAUUGGAGUUUCUGAACUGUUCAUAAGCAGAUAAAUAAACCAUGACAGUGUGUGUGUUACUGAAAAGUAUUUCCUAAAAUGUAGUGAUCACAGAAUCCUCAUUAUUGCAUUUUUUAUGUUCUCCUGUUGUUUGCUGCUGAAUUAUCUUCAGUCUUUGAAAACAUUUCCAGAUGCACUUUGUGAUUCAUUGAAGGCUACUUUUUAAAUUACUGUAUAGUAUAGUUAAUCUAGCAUAAAAUCAAAUAAUUCAUUGACUGUGUCAAGGAUUGUCCACAUAGCAUGAUUGGGGUUUUGGGGGGAAUUCUUGUUUUCAUCCUUAUUUCCAAAUGUUAAGUAUUGAUCAUAAUAAGACAGCUACCUCUAACUGUCAAACAAUGGUCUUUACCAACAAAUGAAACAGGCCUUUUGUAAUCUGAACAGGGUUGUUUUUAUCAGGCUUUAAAAAUUGAUUUAAUAGAAAGGGGUACCUUUUAAUAUAUAUUUCAGAAUGAGUCAACUAACAAUAAUGUACUGAACAGUUUAACCACCGCCACCCCAAAAAAGAUAAGCAUGUGUAUGCACUUGGGCACAUGUAGGUUUGUAUCUUACAGUUGUAAUAAAUCUUCUUAAAGAUUUAUUCCUGGGUGCAUUUUGUAGUUAAACAAUUCAUUGUUUUAAGACUUUACAGGUCAGCUGUAUUACACACCUCCCUAAGGCUUAUCAUAUGUUAAAGCUAGUUCUUCUCCACUGUCACUGGAAAUAAAUUGCUUCUGCAUUCCAUUCCACAUUUGUAUACAUAGUUUUUUGUGGUUUACUUUUUGUGUAUGCAUCAGAAUGCCCCAGUGACUAUCUUGUUGCUAUAUAAUAACUACUGUAAAUGUCUUGAAACCUGAAGAAGUGUAAAUUCUAUUUUGGCUGUAUUUUUAAAAAUA